AUGGAUAACCUCAGUGUUCUAAUAAUCCACUAUGUAUACGGUGACGCUCCAGAUGCUAGUAAUAGGAGGAAAUUUUUACAGAACAAUGUCGCUGGUCAUGUGGCAUGGAAGACCUUAGUCUAUAUGGCCGACAAUAAUCUUGCGACCUUCACUACGGGUGAUCUGUCAAGCUGCGUUUUCACCGAAAACCUUAUGCUAGACAUUGACGUCGGUUACAGCCUCAACCAAGAAUAUCGGGACUUCAUUGGGGCGAGAAAGAUCUUCGCUAUUAUAUUGAAAGAGGCAGCUCUGGGGAUUAUUUCGACUGUGGUGACUUCGCAAGGCAACUCUAGGACAAAGCUACACACCAAGCAUGCAACAAUUGUUGUACCAGAUCUGCCUCACGACACUCCCUUUCGGAACUCACAGCUUGUGUAUGCCAUCUCGCGCAGUAUUACGGAGGUGCGACUCACAACUGAUCCGACCUGCCACCUUCCUCACGAGCGUCCAGUACCGAUCACUGAUACACAGAGGCGGAAAGCGACGAAACCUUCUCCGAUACUCGUGCCUCUCCCAGUAGCUCAACCUCCCAGGACUGGAACACCGUCUUUUCUCAGAAAUCUGGCAGUUGAGAUACAGGAUCAUCUGUCUCGGAACACCCCCAAACGUGGAGACCUAUUUUCUCCUCGUGCAAAGAAGAGACAACGCACAGACUUCGAGACUGACAGUUCUGGAACCAUCUCCGCAGAUCUUGCUGGUGGAAUUGACAAGGACGACGAGUUCAGAACGGCGACAGUUGAAUGGGUAUGCGAAUCACCUGGAGCAACAGUAGCUGCGGCAGAACGAGAGCAGUCCGAGAUACAGGCAGAGGAAGCACGAUUUGAAGAGGAGUACCGAAAACAGAAGGCUGCGGAUCUGGUUGCUCAGGCCAAGCAUGACCAAGAGGAGGCUGCUGCUUACGAAGCUUCUUUAGAAGAGAUGCGAGUUGAAGAGGAAGAGCUUGCGCGUCAGAGGAUGAGAGUCGAAGACAACCAUACAGUGGAAAGCAGUUCCGUGGCAGUCAACGACACAAGCACGUUAGUCAAUGACACGAAUCGACUCAAUACAACGAUAACCGUCGACGACGGCUCAAUAGGAGAGUCGAAGGUGAAGUCACAACAAGCAGUGCACAUGUCGAUUCAGCUCGAAGUUGAGAAGUUGCAAAAAGAGCUGGGUCAGAAGGACCUAGAACACGCCAUCGCAGUGAGCAGACUAGAAGCGGAAGUCAAGGUGUUGAGGCAGAAGUUGGGCCUGCCAGUCUGA